AUGCUAUUCGCACGAAUAAUCCGCGCCUUCUGCAUGCUAUCGAUACUUUUUGAGGAGAUCGUGAAUGCGGACAACACCAAAAAGAGUCCAUUCUUAACAGACGCAGACUACAAGAUGGCAGCUUAUUUGACCGAACAUCCCAGCAAAGAGCCUGUGAAUAACACGGCAAUGUAUAUGGAUGGAUUCUUCGAAGGAGAUAUUAGCGGAACUGAACGAAACGGAAACGCCGCACUUGGACACAUACCACAAAUCUUCCGCAAUGCUAUACGAGACAAAUCGAAACUGUGGAAGAAUGCUCGUGUGCCGUACAUCAUACAUCAAAGUUUCUAUGCGACUCAAAGAGGUGCGAUUGCUGAAGCAGUUAAAGAAUUCCACGAUGAAACGUGCAUCCGAUUCAAACCAUGGAAUGGAAUUGAUGAUGGAUUCGUGCAUUUUAAGGAUGAAAACAAGGGGUGCAAUUCACCUGUUGGCACCAAUGAAACACAUGAGCAUAUUUCAGGGCAUGGCAACACAGUGAAUCUGGGUCGUGGAUGCUUUGGGAAAGGGACCAUAAUGCACGAGAUUCUACACACUCUAGGAUUUCAUCAUGAACACAGUGGGUUUCACAAGUCAAGUGUCGAAUUCAUUUCCUCGCUCCCCCCCCCCCNAAAAAAAAAAAAUUCUCCGAUUGAUAGUAUACUCAAUCGUCCAGAUCGAGAUGAAUACGUUGAAAUACUCUGGGAUAAUAUACAAGGAAGUAAAGAUAACUUCCUUCCAAGACCGGCAUAUGAAGUUGAUGAUCUCCUGGAGAAGUAUGAUUACACGUCUCUAAUGCACUAUGAUGCGUAUGCGUUCGGUGGAGGUCGUCAAACGAUCAAACCGAAGGACGAGACCGCUAAAAUUGGCCAAAGAGCCGGAUUUUCAGAGGUGGAUCUUAGGAAGGUGAAGAAAUUGUACAGUUGCGAUGAUGCUAGUUCGUGCAGUGAUCGCGAUAAAAGCUGCGAUCAGAUGUCUGUUCUCUGCGACAUCUCAACGUACGUCCAACAACUCUGUCCGAACAAAUGUCUGACGUGCACAGAAUCUCAAUGUAAAGACCGAGGCUUGUGGUGUAAAGCUGUCAAGAAGUACAAAUUAUGUGAUGUCAGCAAAACACCGAUCCACACAUGUCCAAAAAUUUGUGAUAAGUGCUAA